UAGCUAGCUGUCUUUCCUUUUACCAUGUAUAUAAACUACUGAAAAGCUAGCACAAAAUGUUACCCUUUAAUGACCUCCUGCGCGUUCUUCGUAUCUGAGGAAGGUGAACGGUGAACCUGUAACUUCUCUCUUCAACUUAUUUGUUUUCUAUUUUCGACAUGUUCGUGCCAGAAGUUUAUCAGUUUUUACCUCAAAAUCUUUACGUCUCAAAGCCAAAAAUGUUCACAUAACUUUGAGAAGAAGCUGUCUUUUUCUUAUCUUUUCUUUUCUUUCCCAGUUUUUGUGGACAGCAUACUCGAAUUCAAACAAAAAAACGUUUUUUUGAGCAUGCCCAUCUCCCAAAACGUCUGAAUUUUCAAUCAAUUUCAGCAAAAAGAUGACAUUUUGAUCCGCAUGACCAUUUUCCUUAUCCCCAUUUUCUUCAUUUUUUUUCAUAUUUAAAAGCCUUGGAAUUUACCGAAGAAGCUAUGAAAUGGAACCCGCUCCAUCAUCACUAUCUUCUUAUCUUAUCAGAAUCAGUCCAGUUUUUAUUUUGAUUGUAAUAAUUCUAGCUGUUAUCUUUUUCAUUUCUGGUCUUCUCCAUCUUCUUGCGAGAUUUCUCAUGAAGAGGUCAUCUUCCUCGCCUAUCUAUCAAUCUAACAGAAAUCCAGAUGCGUCUGGGUCUCUUGCUCUUCAGAGACAGCUUCAACAACUCUUUCGUUUGCACGACUCUGGUCUAGACCAAGCUUCCAUUGAUGCGCUACCUGUCUUCUUCUACAAAGACAUAAUGGGUUUGAAGGAACCAUUUGAUUGUGCUGUGUGUCUUUGUGAAUUUUCUGAAGAUGACAAACUGAGGCUGCUUCCCUUGUGUAGUCAUGCUUUUCACACAUACUGUAUAGAUACAUGGCUCCUUUCAAACUCUACAUGCCCUCUUUGCAGGGGAACCCUUUUCAGCUCUGCCCUUCCCCUGGCGAACCCACUAUUUAGUUCUGACUCAACAGAAAUUCCAAAUGGGUUACCCAGUGAGAGUGAUGGAGAAAAUGGGUUCUCUUGCACUAUGAAGCCGGGGGGUGUUACGGAAGAGGUUUCUGGUCAGAAGAAAGUUUUUCCUGUGAGGCUUGGCAAAUUCAGAAGUGUAAAUGAUAGAGGAGACAGUGUGGAAAGGGGACAAGGAGAGUCCAGUAGCUGUAAUUUGGAUGCAAGGAGAUGUUUUUCUUUGGGCUCUUUUCGGUAUGUGGUUGGUGAUUCAAACCUACGAGUUGCUUUAUCUGAGGGAAUGAGUGAUGGUAGAGAUGCAAAGCUUGUCAAAGGGGGAGGACAAAAUGCUAGUUCUGCAGGUGAUAGUGAUCAUGUGGAGAGCUGCAGGAAGAUUAGCAGUUCUAAAGGUGAGAGCUUCUCUAUCUCCAAGGUCUGGCUUUGGCCAAAGAAAAGCAAAUUACAAAGUUCUUUAGAUGCUGACAUGAGAGCUUCUUCUCUUAAUGUAAGCUUGCCAUUGAAUGACAAAACUCAAAUUGUUUAAAAGAAGUACAAAUGCACUAUUUUUGUGUUCUCUUGGUCAAUCAAUAUAUUGCUCAAAGCCUUGACGUCUUGCUUUUC